AUGGUCAUUGAUGGUAUUUCUGCUCCUGGAGAAUCCAGAAAUAGUGGCGCUCAAGCGGAUAAAGACAUUAAAAUAAUUUGUUUUUCCCGCUCUUUUCGGGUUCAGGCACAAGGAUUUUCUGGAGGAAUUUGGGUUCUUUGGCGGGACUGCUUGGAUAUUGAGGUUUUAUCUUUCACUUUUCAGUAUGUGAAUUUGAAGAUUUCUGUUUUAGGCUUGUCAGAUUUUAUCUUUACUGCUAUUUAUGCAAGUCCAAUAGCAUGUAUUGGUGGAGCAAUUAGAGGGAGUCAUCCUUUCUCUUACUUCCAGAAUUUUAUUAAUUCUUCAAGCUCAAUUGACAUGGAUUUUCAAGGUCCCAUUUGGACUGGGCACAUGGGUCUAAUCAAGGAAAGGUUAGAUCGGCAUCUUUGCAGUUUAAAUUGGCGUUUGAUGUUUGAUUAUGCUUUGGUUGUUCACUUGCCAAGAGUCUUAUCUGAUCAUCUACCCCUCCUGCGACUUGGGAUUCUUUUGCGGAUAUCAAUGAGGUUCUCUUCUUUUGCUCAUAAAGUUUCUGAUUGGAACAAAAAUGUAUUUGGAAAUAUUUUUGAAGGGAAGAAGCGCAUCUUAGACCAUCGUCAAGGGGCUGUUUUCACCCCUAAAUCUGAUGAAUGCAUGAUUUCUCAUAAUAAAGAGGUUUUAUUUGAUGAAGUUCAUAAUGCUCUUUUUGAGAUGAAACCAUUCAAAGUGGCGGAUGUUGAUGGCUUUCGUGCAGUUUUUUUCCAAUCCAUUCCAGUUGGGAGAUUAUUAAAAGCUCUAUAUGAUGCAAACUAG